ACCGCCUGCUCAAACCGCCACCCUGAAGUUCAUUGUUGUGAUCUUGGCCGCCGGGAUGGUGGCGUUUGUCGGGGCUGUAAUCUGCAUCAUUGCCGCGGUGCACGGCGGCUCUCCUCCUCCUGCAGCCGCAGCCUCGACCGCAGCCCAGCCGCUCGCCGAUAAUCAGUCCCUGUCUGCGGGUUCCAGUGUCCUCACCUUCCCGUCAGGCUCCGUGGCCCGGGCAGGACCUGUGGACGCGCUCCAUGGCAGCGGAGAGAGGACCAGCCCGGAGUCUCCAACCUUCUACGGGAUCACCGGGGUGAGAACAGGAGGAGGUGAUGGCGGGGAGCAGCAGGUGGUAACAGUCAGCAGGUUGAUCUGUACUCCGGUUCCGGCUAAAGAGUGCAGACCCAAAGGCUUCCAGGCGGACGAUCAGUCUGUGUAUGCAGGAGAUCAGUGGGGGGAUCUCCGCGCCACAGCACAAGAGCUCCAGCGCACCGUGGAGCAGCAGGAGGAGGAGAUCCGCGCCGAGCAGCGCACGAUCCGAGAGCUCACCGGGAAACUCUCUGUCUGCGAAAGCGGCACACACAGGAGCGAAGGCUUAUGGGCUGGCAGGAGGAGGGACAGCAGAGACGGACUCAUGAUGCAGGACGACGCCGGACCACCUGCACUCACUGUCCGGGAACUGGAGAGAGCCAUCAUGCACAUGAAAGAGCGCAUCGAGAAACUGGAGGCAGAAAUGGCUCCACUGGCUCACAACCACACAGAGUCAGGGCAGAAGGGCAAAGGCAGUGUCUCGAGCGCAGUCACUGUUCAUGGAGCCGUAGCACAGAGGAGAGUGGAGGAUCUGGAACGAGAGCUGAAGCGGAAGAUGCAAGUGUUGGAAGAGGAGAGGAAAGCACUUCGCAAGGAAACGCAGAAACAUCAGCAGCACAUUGACCAUGGACUGGAUGCUGUCCACCAACGAAUCAGCAGCCUUGAGCAAGGUCUGUCUGAGAACAGGUUCCCAGAGGGUUACAGACUCUCUUUUCCUCUGAGGAGCAGCGCUAUGUAUGCUGUGGUGAAGCGAGCAAUCCCUACACUCCACGCCCUCACUGUCUGCAUGUGGCUCAGACCUGCGCAGAACAUCCUGGGAACUGCAGUUUCUUACGCCGUGCCAGAGGACCCUCAUGAGCUGCUCCUGCAGCAGUUAGUCCAUGGCCCUGUUGAGCUCAUCAUCAAAAAUGAGGUGGCACAGUUCUAUCUGAACCUGACGGCGGGUUCCUGGCAGCAUGUGUGUGUCAGCUGGAACAGGAGAGGAGGAGUGUGGCAUGCCUAUGUGGGAGGCAAGCUGAAAGGUGAGGGGAAGGACCUGGCAACCCGCCACUACAUCCGUCCCGGAGGAACGCUCGUCCUAGGCCAGGAACAGGAUUCAAUGGGUGGACUUCGUUUCGAGGCAUCACGAGCUCUCUUAGGGGAUCUCUCUCAGUUUAAUAUGUGGGACCGGCCACUGACUCGGGCAGAGCUUUCUGCACUAGCACACUGCAGCACAGGCAUGCUGGGUAAUGUAGUCCCUUGGACCAGCCGUGAGGUGGAAGUGUUCGGAGGGGUAACCAAGCAGUCGGCUGAGCACUGCGGUCAUCACACCAGAGUGCAGAAGUGA